UACAGACCUGUACUGUUCUUGAGAGAACACAAGUUACAGAUUAGGACAGUUUGACUGUGCCAAGACAGAAUGAGGUAGUCCUUAAUGAUUCCUGUUUCACUAAAGUCUAUCAGAUUCCUAGGUCAGAAUGUUAAGACUGGAUGCCACGAGCAUCUGUGGGAGCAGAGCAGAGGGAAGCGGUGGGCCUGUCGGAGCAUUAGGUUUUGAGCUUGAGCCUUUUGAAUCCAGGAUCUUGAAAUGCAUGGUGAUUCCUGUCCCUUGGACUGUAAGGAUUAUUUUGGUAAUCUUGGAAACAGUGGGAACAAGACUGAAUUAGAACGGGCCUUUGGCUAUUAUGGACCACUCUGAAGUGUGUGGGCUGCAAACCCUCCUGACUUUGCUUUCAUCGAAUUUGAGGAUCCCCGAGAUGCUGCUGAUGCUGUCGGAGAGCUAGAUGGAAAAACAGUAUGUGACUGCCAGAGUGUAAGAGUGGAACUGUCAAAUGGUGGAAAGAGAAGUCAGAAUCAUGGCCCGCCUCUCUCUUGGGGUCAUCGUUACCACAGGAGGAGUCCUCCACCUCAGCGCAGAUCCCCAAGAAGGAGAAGCUUUUCCCAAAGCCAGAGCAGGUCACUUUCUAGAGAUAGGAGAAGAGAAAGGUCUCUGUCUCGUGAGAGAAAUCACAAGCUGUCUCCAUCCUUCUCUGCUCUCAUAGCCGAUCAAAUGAAAGGAAAUAGAAGACCAGUUUGCAAAAGUGGUGUACAGGAAAUAACUUCAUUUGACGGGAGUAUGCACAGGAAAUUAAAGUUUUGUUUGAGACUUCAAAAAACAAAAUGCUCCAACUUUCUGACAUAUUGGGGCUGUAUAGGUAGGCAGCUGUGUCUACAACUUGUCCCAGUUCUGGAAGCUGUGUUAGGCUUCCUAUAUUUUCAAAUGAUAUUAGUCAUUCUCAUAUGGAUUUCUGACAGGUUGAAAGACCUGGUUAUAGUCUCAUAGCCAUAUUUAGCAUUGAGAGAACAUAUUUAAUAGGAUAGUUUUCAGAUAGUAUACAAGCUAAACCAGAACAUGACAUAUAAAAUUAUAAGCCUUUUUAAGUUAGGAUAGAUGACAGAGUGCUUUAUUUAACUGACAAAAUGAUAGACUGGGUGUUAGGUGUAUCUUAUGCUUUAUUAAUUACAGAAUGGUAAUAGUUAUGCUCAAUUUAUAUCUAAGAGAAAACAGCCUUUCAAUUGAACAAAAAAAAGGGGGAAAUGUAGAUUGCUGUCUGUAAGCAGGAAACGGCAGGAGAAAGAUCAGGAUAGCGCCUGUGAUUGGACGGUAGAAAAGGAAGGCGGGCUGAGAGUUUUAGAGAUGAGUACAGAGAGACAGAGGAGGAAGGAAGAUGGAGGAAGAGAAAAAUGAUUCAGAUUCCACAUGGCUUUAAAUGGCCACAGGUAACUGAAUAUCUUGUAAGGGAUACAUAAUUACAGGACAAGUCUUAUCUAGAUAGGCAGUUUAUAUCAAUAUCAAUUGGCUCUGAAUUCAUUGUGUGGAUGUUUUGUGGGGUGAGAAUUUACUGAUAUAAAUCUGCUUGAUAAAU